AUGAUCAAAGCAAAGCUGUCUGAGGUGAAUAAAGGUACAGAGAUGAACGGUAAAGGCCCUGUAAAGGUCAAAGGUAAGGAGUCCGAGGCGACCAGCACUCCCAUCAAAACUAAAAGUUUGGAGUCCAAAGACAAGAAAUCCAAAAUUGCAGAGGAAGAUACUAAAACUAUUGAAGUUCAAAAUAAACCACUUCAAGGGGUCAAGUCCGCUCCAGUCAAAGUUAAAGGUAAACAAUUAGAGGUCAAGUCCAACCCUGUGAAAAGUAACAUUCAAGAGGUCAAAUCCUCUCAAGUCAAAGUUAAAGGUAAACCAGUGGAAAAGGAGCCAAUUCCAAUUAAAACUGUGGCUGAAAGCACUCCUUUGAAUGUAAAGAGGAUUCCUAAGGAGAUUGUAGAUAAGAACAAACCAUCUGAAGGUAAAAGCACUCGAAUAAAGGGAAAAAGGAAGGCAAAAGAGGUGAAUGAACAAAAGACGGAAGAGUCUAUUACUCUCAAAGAGUCAGGGACAACAGAGGGGAACAAAGUGACUGUUAAAGAUAAAGGCAAAGUCACAGAAACAAAAAGUGUGACUAAACCUGAAGAGGUUAAAGCUAAACUGACUAAGUUGAAGGGAACCUCUGUGAAAAUGAAAAGCAAGCCAACAGGGGUUUCCAGCCAACCAAUCUUAGUAGAACCUACCUCAAAGGCCGAAUUACCAUCCGCAUCACUGUCAUUAUCAGAUGCAAUGCCUCAAAAUGCUCGGGAUAAGAAGUCAGCGAAGUCUGAGCUUAGAGAGCCACUGGUUGUCUCUCAGGUCAAGGAUAGAGUGGUGGUCCGGGGGGAAGAUACCAUUGGUGAAUCCCAGGAGGGGGAGCCUGGCUGGGGAGGAUUUCUCAGUGAUGCAGCCUCUCUCCUUCCAGCCGUGGGGAUGGCGGGCGUAACCAUGGGGGUCCUGAGUGAGGCAGUGACAAGUGUGAGGGGGUUUCAGUCGGAGAGUGACACAGCCACCUCUAUCCCUCCUCGACGGUCCAGCCGGGUAGAGAGGUUCACCAAACAGAGCGCCAUCACCCAGCCUUCCUCCUCCUCCUCCUCCUCAUCCUUCUCUUCAACAUCAGAUCCCAGUGCAGUAGCGCAAAGCAAGAGGACCGCCGUCCGCAUCAGCGUUCUCGGGUAUUCUGAUCAGGAAGCAGGGAGCAGGAGUUCUGAGAAGAACCCAGACACCACAGAUGCUGCUAGUGACAGGUCAGGAGGUCAGGCCGAGGUUGAUGACGAUGAGAACACUAGUAGAGGUCAAAGGUCAGAGGUUGAGGAUGAUGAAGCUGAAGAUUCCACAAAGAGACAUGGAGAGGGGGAUGGGACAGACAUGGAGAGCACCCAACAAGAGGGAAAAGAAGAGGGGGAUGAGGAUGACAGGAGUAGUAAGGGUCUGGAAGAGAGCAGUGAAGAGAAUGAAGGUGGAGAAGCAGAAGACAGUGAUACUGUGGGGACAGGAGAGGGGGAGGAGAGCAAAGAGAGUGAUACUGUGGGGACAGGAGAGGGGGAGGAGAGCAAAGAGAGUGAUUCUGAGGGGACAGGAGAGGGGGAGGAGAGCAAAGAGAGUGAUUCUGAGGGGGAGGAGAGCAAAGAGAGUGAUUCUGAGGGGACAGUAGAGGGGGAGGAGAGCAAAGAGAGUGAUUCUGAGGGGACAGUAGAGGGGGAGGAGAGCAAAGAGAGUGAUACUGAGGGGACAGGAGAGGGGGAGGAGAGCAAAGAGAGUGAUUCUGAGGGGACAGUAGAGGGGGAGGAGAGCAAAGAGAGUGAUACUGUGGGGACAGGAGAGGGGGGAGGAGAGCAAAGAGAGUGAUUCUGAGGGGACAGUAGAGGGGGAGGAGAGCAAAGAGAGUGAUACUGUGGGGACAGGAGAGGGGGAGGAGAGCAAAGAGAGUGAUUCUGAGGGGACAGUAGAGGGGGAGGAGAGCAAAGAGAGUGAUACUGUGGGGACAGGAGAGGGGGAGGAGAGCAAAGAGAGUGAUUCUGAGGGGACAGUAGAGGGGGAGGAGAGCAAAGAGAGUGAUUCUGAGGGGACAGUAGAGGGGGAGGAGAGCAAAGAGAGUGAUUCUGAGGGGACAGUAGAGGGGGAGGAGAGCAAAGAGAGUGAUUCUGAGGCAAGUCUAGAGGAGGAGGGGGAGGAGAAGAGUGAAGAGAGUGAUGCGGAAGGCGAGGAAGGAGAGAGUGGUUCUGGGACAAGUAGAGAGGGGGAAGAGGAGGAUAAGAGUGAAGAAGAGUGCAGUGAUGAAGAGAGUGAGGAUGAAAACAAAGAGGAAAAGGAGGAGAGCAAUGAGAGUGAGGAUGAAAAGGAGGAGAGCAAUGUGAGUGAGGAUGAAAAGGAGGAGGGUGUUGAUGAAUCAGGAAGUGAGGCUGAGAGCAAGAGUGAGGGAUCAGCAGAAGAGGAGGAAGAUGAGCAAGCAGAAGAAGCAGAGAGUGAAGAAAGUAAAGCUACUGAGUCAGGAGAGGAGGAAGGAGAGGGAGAGAGUGGAACAGAGGAGGAAGGAGAGGGAGAGGAUAAGGAAGGUAGUGAAAGUGAAGAAGAGGAGGAGGAAGCAGGUGUAAGUGAGGUGGAGGAAGGAGAAGAGGAUGACGAUGAGGGAAAGGAUGCAGAAAGUGGAGAAGGUGAGGACAAUGUAGGAGAGGAGGAAGAGGAAGCAGUUGAGGGUGAGGAAGAAGAGGAUGAAAAGGAAGGGGAAGAGGACGGUGAAGUCGAAGAGGGUGAGGAGGGAGGAGAGGAUGAUGAGACAGAGGAGGAAGAGGCUAGUGGAGAGGAAGAACUUGAAGAUGAAAAAAGUGAGGAAGAGGAUGAAGAAGAGGAGGGAGAAGAAGAUGAGAAAGGAGAAGGGGAGGAAGAGGGUGAAGGGGAGGAGGAGGAGGGUGAAGGGGAAGAGGAGGGUGAAGGGGAAGAGGAGAGUGAAGGGGAGGAGGAGGGUGAAGGGGAAGAGGAGGGUGAAGGGGAGGAGGAGGGUGAAGGGGAAGAGGAGGGUGAAGGGGAAGAGGAGGGUGAAGGGGAAGAGGAGGGUGAAGGGGAGGAGGAGGGUGAAGGGGAAGAGGAGGGUGAAGGGGAAGAGGAGGGUGAAGGGGAAGAGGAGGGUGAAGGGGAGGAGGAGGGUGAAGGGGAAGAGGAGGGUGAAGGGCAGGAGGAGGGUGAAGGGGAGGAGGAGGGUGAAGAGGAGAAAGGAGAUGAUGAUGGAGAGAAGGAAGGAGAGGGGGAUAGAGAAGGAGAGGAAGAUGGUGAAAAACAGGAAGAUGAGAAAGAGGAAAUAGAAGUGGAUGAAGAGAGAGAGGAGGAAGCAAAUAAACAAGAAGAGGAAAGGGAGAGGCAAGAGGAGGAAGAAGAAAAAGAUAGAGAGGAAGUGGAGGGAAAAGACACAGAGGGAGAGGAGGGUGGAGAAGAGGGGGAGGAGAAGGGAGAUGAAAAGAAAGAAAGUGAUGGUGAAGUAGAAGAAGAGGGUGCAGGGGAACAGAAAGGGGAGAUGGAGGAGGAGGAAACAGGAGCGGGAGAGGAGGAAGGUGAAGAGGAAGGAGAAGAAGAAGAGGAGGAAGAAAAAGAAGAGAAAGAUAUUAAAGAAGGAGAAGAGGAGGAGGAAGAAGAAGAAGAGGAAGCGAUAAAAUCUGCAAAAGGGAAAAAGAAAGGCUCAAAGAGCGUACCACCUAAAGCAGCUCCCCCCAGCAGGAAAGGGAAGGAAGAUACCCAGAGGGAGAAACCCAAACCAGCGGCCCGUACCAAGCAGAGGACCACAGGGGGAAAACAGGCCAACAGUACCCAAGAAUCCCAACAGUUCUGGAACAAUGUCUUACCCCAGUACCUGGAGCUGAAGUGA